AUGUUGACAACACUCAUCAUCUCUCUCUGCCUUGGAUCCAAAGUACACGCAGGCAACAUUGCCUCUUCCAUCUUUCCAUCAACAGCCGCUGCUCCAGAAGAGCGUAGGUUCUCUCUUGAAAACACAUCGUCAUUCAUCGACGUCGACGUGGAACUGGCCAAGAUAACCGCUACCUGUCUAACUUCUCAAAAUUACGAACAGCUAGCGGGUAACAUUGUGCGGCACGGCAUUGUGCGAUCAUUUUUUGGCGUGUUCUUAGUGAGAGAAAGCGUGGCUACCAUAGGCCUCGCAGAGUUGCGUGCGGCACUCGGUUUUGCACCGCUGCCUCCUUGGCAACACUUUAACGAAACGGAACCGAGUGAAGACGAGCUGUCAGUCGCACCGACGAUAGAAGCCUACUACGACCUGAGAGAACCGCGCUCGUCGAAAAGAAGUCUCGAUAGUUAUUACUUGCUAGAGGGCAAUAUGGUUCCUGCCAUCGCCUUUUUAGACGAGAAGUUCCCGGCGAUACGCACGAUGUUCAGACUCAAAUUCAGAGCUGUUCGUCUGGAAAAUUCAGGAUUACCGGAUAGAAAAAUGGUCGAUCGCUGCAUUGACGAAUUUGUCAAAAUUAAGGCCGAAAUAAACGGCGCAAUCACAGAGAUGUUUGCAAUAGAAGACAAAUGCAUGGAUAAAGAUGAAUGA